GCUGGCCAGAGCUGCGGGGCGCGUUCAGUCUGCUCCAAGCCGCGAACGCGACAACUUGCGCCGCGACCGGCACCCAACGCGAACGCGAAAACAAACCGUGUUACGUGCUCCUCUCCGCUCCCGUGUAUCGUUGUCCCGUUGUUAUAGAGGAUAGACAAAUCUGUCCUAGAGAUAGAUUUUCUAAAAAUUCUUCUGGUCAGCCUCGCGUCUCGACACGAGGCCGUCCAUCUCUCGUCCAAAGCGAGGAGGGUGAAUUAGUCGUCGUUCGCGAUCGUUUGCUCGGACGAAGACCGUUUUAACAUAUGAUACCAACGGGAAAGGAGGAUACCUCGCGAUCGUACUCUUUGGUGGACGUGAACACGUUACCACCGUUUCUGUACACGGAGGUAAGUCGAGGAUGAGAAAAUGCCUCUGUGAUGUUGCAUCGGAGCACAUCAUCGCGACGCUGUAGAGCAUCGCGGAACAUGACGAAUCUCGGCCACACCUCGCCGAUCGCCGGACCAAGGGGGCGGCGCGCCAGCGUGGCGACCGACAAACCUGUCGACUUGCCACCGACGAGUCUCAGAGGAACCAUGGAACGUCAACGUUCUCCACGCGGCAGCAUCGUGCCUGAUAUCGCUCUCGAUAUGGGGAAUGGCGUCGAGGCCAUGAACCACAAACCGAUGGCGGAGCGGGAUCAGUACGCCGUGGACGCGAGGAGCGCGGCGUUCAACCAGAAGAUGGCUCGAAGCCCGCGAAACUCGUUGGUCCCGGACGACUACUACCGAGCGUUGCCCCGGAACGGGGGGGUGGCGCGAAGCCCUCGAAACAGCCUGGUCCCGGACGCGAACCUCGGGCCGGACAUGCUGUACAGCUCGAGGCACUCGUUGCUCCCCGACCCGCCCCCGUUGAGCCCUCGAAACUCGUUGGUGGCGGACGUGGCCCACAACAGGAGCCCUAGGAACAGCCUGGUCCCGUUGACCGGCUCGAGGACGUCCCUCAUGUCCGAGAACGGGAACCUCGGCUCGGCUCGAAGCCCCCGCCACAGUUUGAUACCAAACUGUUCGAGAAGCCCGAGGGGGAGCGUGACGAACAUGGAGCUGGUCGAUCGCAGCCCCCAGAGAAGCCCGAGAGGGUCCAUAGCCUCGGAGUGCUUGAACCAGAGCCCGAGGGGCUCGAUCGUGCCGGCUUACGAGAGAUCGUCGCGGGGGAGCAUCGGCGUGAACGAGGCGGCGCACCGGGGAUCGAUCGGGGCGGGCGAGGAGGAGGCGAGGAGCCAGCGUCGAGGCAUCGAGCCCGUCGAGCACGCGAUCGACAGGACGCCGAGGGGCAGCCUGACCGGGUUGCAAGAAAGGAGAGGCACGAAGGCGAGCCUGAUAGCGCAGGAUCCGAGGAGAGGCUCGGCCGAUCAAGGAGUAAACGGGAAUCGAAACUCCUCCCCUUCUCGGGAGAGGAAGGAAGUGAACACGGGAAGUGUGAAAUCCCGCGGAAGCACGGUCCAGAUCAAUUUAGGAUAUGGGCCGAACACCUUCGAGGAUUCGAGGCGGGCCAGCAGCUCCGUGUCCCAGUUUUCAGGUGACGAGUCGCGGCGUCUUUUCGCGAACGGCGCCAAAGUGGCCGAGAACACGGCGGAGAACAGGAAUCUGGGCGUGAUUACCUACGGUUCCGUGGUGUUCCAGCUGAAGGACGCGAAUCUGGAGGCGAACAACAUCUGCGACUUCGUGUUCCGGGGGAUGAGGGUCGUGUGCAGGACGAGGGUCGUUACCGUGUGCCUGUUCUGCCUGUCGGCAGUCCCGAUCCUCAUGUUGAUUUACGGUUGGAAUUACUCGAAAGACUGUCCAAAGGAGCCAAGGAUACCGAUGUACCUGGUGAUCGGUGGAACGUUCGGAACCAUGCUCAUGAUGUUGCUCAUCUACUCGCAGAUACAGUCGAGGAGGCCGGAAAUGCCACCGGUCCCGUCCAACAGGCCCCAAAUUUCCUUCAUGAAGUUGAUCAUCAUCGUCUUAUCAUGCUUCCUGCUCGGCUGGUUCGUGAUGGGGAAUUACUGGAUACUUCACAUCAUGUGGCCGUCGUACACGUUCCUGCUGCACACCCCGAACGACCACUGUCACAAAACGCUCUACAUGUUCUCGCUGGUGCAUCUUGGCGUGAUGUACAUCACGUUCGGGGUCAUGCUACUCGUGGUAACGGUGCUGGCGUCUUUCAGAAUCCUAGCCUGCCCGUUAUCGGAAAGAUACAAAUAACCGCAGGAGUUCUUUACCCGCGUAAGAGAGAUGGUGGGCGAGAAAGGGCGGGCGGAGGAGAGUGUCGUCCAAGGGCAGCUCGUGAAGGGUUUCGCAAAGGGGAGCGAGUAUCGUGCGAAACAACGAAACACCGUUCCCAACGAUGAGAUUAAUCCUAAUAAAUCUAACCUGUCGGAUCGUAAUCUCGCCCCGUCCGAUGGAAAAGGGGUGCACUUUCGAUUGGGCCGCGACGUCGAUUCGGAUACGAACAAUGGAAACCGCCGCUUUGUAACUUAGCAAACGUUGCGAGGAUUGAAAAGGAGGAUUCCGAUCGUGCGAUAUCGCCAAUAAAAUCUGACUAAAUCUCGCGUCUUACCUUAGAUUGCACAGAAAGGGGAAAGAAGAAACGAGAAUUUCGAGAAAGAAAUUUAUCCUUGCUGACUUUCGAUCGCGAAUUAAUUCGUUCUCGCCGAUUUAAUCAACCGUUAACGAAGAAGAAUGAAUUUCGGGGGGAGAAUCGAAUCGUUUCAAGUUGAAACCCGAUUCCACGAAAGAGAAUAAACGUGAUAUACGUUUCUGGCUAAUUAAACGUGGGUGCGCUCUCAGAAUCCAUCCAAGAAGUACGACUUCCUGGAAACGGUCUAUUGUUUAUCGCAUUAUUGGAUUUCGUGAAGAAAAUUUCCCUUUGCGAUCUUGGAAGGAAGAGAAUUGUUGAAAUUUUGAAAUUUCGAGGAGGGAAUGGAAUGAUGAAAGGAAAGGAUGAUAAACAAAAGUCUCGUCGAUUCAAAGUAUCGCGCCAUUCGAUUAAACCGAAAUUAAUUCAUCGGAGGUUUCCUCUCGUGAAUCCUCGCGUAUUUGGAAGAAGAAAGGAGCUGCAAAUAGUGGAAAGAAGAAAAUAGACGAAAAGAUCCUAUGUAUUUGCCUAUGCGUUAAAAAUAACAGAAAAAUAAAGAGGAGAUUUUACAUAUAUCGCAAACAAACUCGAGUAUCUCGUCAGAGAGAGGAAUCGUUGAUAAAUCGUUAAUAUUUAUCAAAAGGAUCGAAGGUAAGCUUUUAUCUUUUCUUUUCUUUUUUCUUCCUUUCUUUCAACACUUUCGAACGUCUCGAAAAUUCGCGAUCGAUGAAGUUUCGAACCAAAUGUUUGAGGAGCGUGUAAUAUAAUUAACUGGUUUUAUCGUCACAUCGAAAAUCCGUACGAACAAGUUUUUUUUUUAUCGAUGAUUAUGAGAUUCCCAUUCAUAUCGUUGUUGAAACUACGAGCAGUAUCGAGCAGUAACUGAAAUCCUGAAUUCAACUUAAUCGAUACGAUACAACUUUUUUUCUAUUCCAUAAACUAUUUCAACCAUUGUUCUCCGUAACGUGACGAUCCAUUCAUAUCGAAACGGGAGUCUCGUGACCGAGCUUUUCGUUAAAUACAGGUUGAAACGAGUGCAAACAAAAAUCACGAGACGUCGAAAGAGAUUAGAUGCGAUGAUUCGAUUUUGAUCAUUUUUUUCCAUUGUCAACAAACAAAAUGAUGGAAAUCGUCAAACGUCUUUAAUUAAAUAAACAAAAAAGAAAUAAAAUGUCACGUUCCAUUAUUAUUCGUGCCUCGAGCACGAUGAACGGAGCUGAUAUCGGAUGAUAAGAGAAAAAGCUUAAACGGGGAACGUCCGUUUGUAAAUUACUUUCGAGGAUAACGUAUCGACGCCGUUCCUUCCUUCGUUGAAAAUCCACCCUCCCGCAGAGUCCAAAGAAACGUCCACGCGUGUCUGAGAGAGAUGUUAUCUGAGAGAUCAUUAUUGGACACGAAGAAAAAUCUCCGACUCGAAAGAGGAUAAAAUGAAUAAGUGUCAAUUAAAUCAACGCAAUCUCGGAAAUUUCGUUUCGUCGGCCGGUCGGAAACGAAGAAACCGGCCGAUGACACGGUUUGACGUAUACAUAGAAAGAGGGAAAAAAGCACAUAACGUAUAUGCAUAUUCUGUAUAUGUACAUAUAUAAAUAUCUGUAAACGUACGCUGUAUCUGUUAUACAAUUAAAAUUAACGAAUCGACCAAAAUAAGAAGAAGAGGAGGAGGAGGAAGAGGAAAAACCUUGAGUAGAUAUUUAGAGAGAACGUGCAAGUUUUCUCGUGUGUUUCACACGUGCUCCAUCUAAAUGAGAAUUGUAAUUAUAAGGGAAUUAAAUUCAUCGAGUUCACAACACGUUCGACGUCCAUGAUUGCGUGGAUUUGGAAAACGGGUCCAUACUUGUAAUCGUCCGUAACGAGUAAAUGUUAUCUAAAUCUGUAAUAUCAAUAUUUACUUUGUCCAUGUAGAGGAAGAAGAGGAAGAAGAAAAAUAUGUAUGUGAAGCAACCACUUCGUUAGACAAUUGUAUCUCUAAUCGCGCUCGUCUUUUUUAGUCGCGAUCGAUAAAGAGGCGAGUGAGAUAAUCGUUUGAAAUAUGUUUCGUAAGUACGUAAAGGAAGAGAGAUGUAUUUAUUGUAGAUAUACAUAUAUACGCAUACAUACAUACAUACACACACACACACACGCGCAAAAGGAGAAAAUAUUUAUUUGUGCUGUUAAAAUGAUAUAUGUUUAUAUGGGCGACUCACGAAUUUACGACGCUUCGAGUCGAGAACGCGGAUAAUCCGUUAUAAAUCGGUGGAAUCACGAUUUGCCUGCUGGCCUGAGAUCAACUGGAAAUUUCAUUUCCUAAACUGUCAAACGUGUCGUCGUACGUGUGUCGCGUCGCGAUUUACGAGAUGCAAAAUUCUUGCCGAUUUGUCUCCCCUGACUUUAUUAUUACGUAGAAAAAUCGCUCGAUAUAAAGCCGAAUUAAACGAACCAAGGAAAAAAAAAAAAAAAGAAAAAAAAAUAGGAUGAUUUUGAGAGAAAUUUGAAAAACCUCUUUGAUACCUUAGAAUUUUCUCUAAAAAAAAAAAGGAAAAAAAACGAAAAACAAGAAAUAGAUAGGCCCAGAGCGCAGAAUGAAUAUCGUCCGUGUGCAAACAACGAAGUACAAAGAAGGAACAACGGAUCAAUUAGAGAAAAGAAAAGAAGAAGAAGAAGAAGAAAAAACGCGAUAGGAUGAUCGAACUCGAUGACGUUUUUCUUUUAGAAUUUUAGUGGGACACGAACAAAAAAAAAGGGACCUGAAUAAAUGUGCGGUUACGUCUGAAAUUUCUUACGCGACGAUUCGUGUUUCAGACAUGGAUUUCUUUUCCCGACGAAAAGGAAAAUUUAAUUCUCUCGAAAAGCGAUUUAUUUUUAUUUUUACCGCUCGAAACGGGCAUAAAUAUUUCUUUCCCGAUAAUUUUAUCUGCUUGCUCGUGUCGCGUCACGACGUAAAAAUCGCAGACGUAAGCGCAUCCUUACUAUUCGAACUACUCUUGAAAUAUUCGUAUCGAAAAAAAAAGCUUUCGUCGCAUAAAUAAAUAUUCGUUCGUGAUCAUUAAACCAAAAAAAAAGAAAAAAAAAACGAGUCAACGAAACGUACAAUUCCAGUUAAUCACGGUGUGGUUAAAUUAAUUAGCUUGAGAUAUAUAUAUAUAUAUAUAUAUAUAGUGUAGCACGAAAAUGCGUUUGCUCGUGCCGCUGUUCCAUGACGAUUCAUACGCGAGCAUGUUGCGCAAUUAUCGAUUAUUUCGAUUAAUCGUGUUUCGAAAUUUCACGGCCGUGUGCGAGCGAGUGUGUGAACAGAUGCGUGUGAACGACGCGAACACGCGAGUGUGUUGCAAUUAUCCACAACUAAAAUUCGCUACAACUUUAUUUGUCCCAACUCGGUCGGGAAAUCGUGGAAACGAGUAUCUCUAUUCUUUCUUUCUUUCUUUCUUCUUUUCUUUUUCUGUUUCUCGUCGAUGUCGAUCGAGUCGAUGGAUGGAAAGCGUUCGACGAGGAGAAGAAGAAAAUAAAGUUCUUCGAUCUUGAAAUCGCGGGAGGGAAGAAAGAAGAGACGAAAGCGUUUCGAUAAUGCGCGAAUAGAAUCAUCGUUUCGUUAUUCCUUUCUAGGGGAGAGGUGAUAUUCCGUGGAAACACGAGAUACCGAUGGAUGGAACGGAGAAACUUUGUGAAAUGUAAUACAAAUAUAUCAAAUUAAUCGAUCGAAUGAGUUUUGACUAGAAACGUUUCCACGAUUCCCGAUAGAAUUGAUGUAAUAUAGAUCUAUAUACAUAUAUACAUAUGUAUAUAUGUAUAUGUAUCGAGAAAGGGAAAUCUCGUCACUUCGUGUGCGGUACCAAAUAUACACACUUGGUUGGAAUCGAGACGAUUUCUCUUUCGCGAUCUUCUCUUCUCUUCGAUCAGCAAGAUAGCACGAUAAGCGUUAACGGAUAUUGUGUUGAUUGCGUCUAAUGUUAACGCGUUAACGGAUUAUUGGAUUUACAUAGAAUAGAGAGCUUAUUUAUUUUUAUACUGGAUCGUUUGAUAGUCGUCCGAUAUAUUUAAUUGAAUAGCGGCGGGGAGAUGCUGAGAAAGUUGAUUGUUGUCGCGCGGUUCCUUCGUUUGUUCCCGAUUUUUCACUGUAAAUCGCGACUCUACGAUCUCUCCAUCCGAUUGAUUUGAAACCCUCCUUCGAUUAGAUUCCCCUAAUCAUGUAUACCCAUAAAUACGUCGCGUAUUUUACAUGAAUUAUGUGUACAACGUUUCUCGAGAAUUCGACUUUUAGAGAUGGGUGAUGUGUCUCAAGUUUAGACGUGUCUCAAAAAAAGAAAAAAAAGAAAAAAAAUGAAACUAACUAAAGAUAAAGUAGUAAAUUAGAGACGAUUUGCACGCGCUUGUGUCGCGAAUCUGGUCCAGGCUUUAACGUAGACGUUCACCGUUGUUCGACGCGUUCGAACGGCUGUUCUCUUCCCAAUCACACGGAAAUAGCGGUGGAAACCAGAAACAUUUCAACUCUCACAUCGUAUCACACGUAUCGCCCCUUCCCUAAACUAAUAUCCUGUCGCAUCGAUCUCACUUAUAUUGCAUAUUGCAAAGAAAAAGAAAAAGAAAAAGAAAAGAGGAAAAGUUUCCACCGCUAUCCACCGAUCUUACCAUCGCGUAUGCGUCGUUACAUUUUUCUAUUCCGCUAUUUCCGCUAUCCCAUUCAAGCAUACGACGUCAUCGUAUCAUCGUUUCUGUACGAGAUGUAUAUAAAUAUAUACCUCGUCUCUGCGUAUUUAAUAACGAUAAGAGGUCGCGUCGUGCGCGAAAUCGACAUCGAAAACACGUACGAUAACAGUGUACCGUAUACUGUUGAUCGAGAUACGCCUCGGCUCGCACAACUCCCCAAAGUAUAGUUUACGGAACAGUUUCUUUCAGACGGGGCCCGAAAUCGUCGACUCGAACGAAUUCGAGGAUUCGACGUUUCUUUCCUCGCCCGGUUUCACCUCUCGUCGCGUAAAAAAUUGAAAUCCACCGCGGCGCCUCGUCCACGCAUCCAUUCAGCGCCGAAAAAAGGGGGAACGAAAUUGCACGCCGUCCGUCGAGCGAAGGAUGGGAUCAGCGUGGAUCGUGAAUACCGCGGAUCUGUCGGAGACAUCGCGUCCGCCAUCCACGACAAAAACUUUUCCAAAGGGUCCAAUAAGGAGUUCGCUCUCUUGUGCUGCUGACGUCUCUGCUCGAAUCGGCGAAGAAGUGUCUGGAAGAGGUGUGCGAGAUCUUGUUGGGAGAUGGAGAAUUAUUUUUUUAUAGGAAAGGGAAUCUUUAACAACUUCGAAUAUUUUCGAUAUUGCUUAAAGUCAGGUGUAUUCAGCCCGAUUUUUCUGUGCUGCGAACGAUAGCUUUUGACGCGUCGUCGUUUCGAUGGCAGAGAUGGUCCGGUACAACUCUUGCUCGAGUUUGUGCGCGAUAUAUUCGAGUGGAAUAACGCUCUUUCGGGAACGCGUUCUCCACGACGCUUCCUCUGGUGAGAACACGCUGGUGUUGCGCGUGUCACGUAACGGAUACGAGUUGCUCUUUAUAUUUUAUAUCUCUCGUAUACUGGUUUUCGUGCCACUAUACUUUACUUUACGCCACGUCUGCGGAGUUGUCGAGUCAUACGUUUACAACACGGGUGUAAUGAAAAAUUGUCGCUUCUUUAAUAUUAAAUUAUUAAUAUAUCUCUAAAUCCGAAGAUGGGCAAAAUUUUAACGAUUUAAAAUGAUUAAUGGAUCAGUGUUGAGCGUAUUAUUCUUAUUUAUUUUCAAUUUAUUAAUUAAAACCGGAUUACGUACAAAUUGGAUGAAACAAAGUCGCUAUUAUUUAAAGUAAUUUUUAAUCGAUUAAUUUUUCAGGUUAACAUUCUCUUCUAAUUAACAAUUUCACCGGUAAAGAAAAACCGGUGGUAUAUAUAUAUAAAACCGCGAUUUAAUGGACGACGUUCCGUCAAUAAACGGCAGCGGCCGUUUAAAAUAAAUUGAACGUCGAAUUGCGAACGCAUUAUCUGCACGUAGCCAGCCUCAGUGAGGGUUGAGCGCGACACCGGUACGCUCAAUACAGAGUGCAGAGCUUAUCGCGAGCCUCGACGUGUUUCGUUAAAUUAAACCCACCCUCGGAGGAACUCGUCGGUCGUUCCUCUUCCAUGGCCUAUUACCCCCCUCUCCAUCCCCAUUUUCUCGCAGCUGCUCGCUAAUCAAACACGGACCGCGAUAGAAUCUUUCUUCGUCGCAUUCCAUUUACGUGGCACGCGCAACUACUUCGCCCGCUCUGUUCGUCGUGUAAUAAAACAGCGAACGGUAAAUUGGGGAAGAGAAAAGAAGAAAAAGGAGAGAAGGAAACGGAGGACGCGUUCUAGACUAUUGAGGGAAUCUUUCGACGCAAGAAUCUCGCACUUUUAUCCUUUUAAGAGAAAUUCGAGACUUAUAUAUUUUUCGACGAUGAGCGAUGCACGAUUCUCCGAAAUAUCCACGGUCGAUGCGAUUAUCGAAUGCACUAUCGAGGCGCAACAUCCAAUUACGCGCGACCAAACAAUCGAGCGGCGGAAGCUGUGUAACGUUCGUUAAGGAAAAUGACACGUGAUAUCCUUUAAUAUAUCGAGAAUGAAACGACGAAACGGGGGGGAAGAAAUUGUUUAAAUCAUCUUGCGAUAUAUAUAUAUAUAUAUUACGUCACGUCAUUUGCAUCAUCUGCGAGCGAGAAAUAAUUAUAAGCCGAUAAUGAUGGACUAAUAAAUAUUGUGACCCACAUUUAUAACGUAACCGCCGAGUAACUGGGAAUAAAAGUGUCUACGUGGUACACACUA